GUAUUAAUCAGAUGUCGCUGUCGCCGUUGGCAAGUAAGAAGCAUAAGCACAAGUUUGUCGCGCGGCUGUUUCGCAAGCCGUUUCGUCGAAAGUCGGCGCCAUCAUCGCCGAUAGCGCCACCUAGGACGCGAGUUCGCAGGGGUUCCGCCACGCAGAGCGAGGGCGCUGAUCCUGUGUCUUUAAGUAUAAAUAAACCGCUGGUUGAUGAAGAUUGGUUUCACGGUGUGUUGCCACGCGAAGAAGUUGUCCGAUUAUUGACACAGGAAGGUGAUUUUCUCGUGCGGGAGACGACGAGGAAUGACGAGUGCCAAACGGUGUUGUCCGUGUGUUGGGGCGGGCAUAAACAUUUCAUUGUUCAAACAACAACAGAAGGGCAUUAUCGUUUUGAAGGACCUGCCUUUCCAAGCAUACGCGAAUUGAUACUCUAUCAAUGCGACAGCGGGCUUCCGGUUACCGCACGUUCGGGCGCCAUAUUGUAUAAACCGAUUCCGCGGGAGCGAUGGGAGCUGAAUAACGACGAUGUGAUUCUGUUGGAUAAAAUCGGCCGGGUGAGUGAAGUCUUACUUACAUUUAAUUUGUAUGGAGUUGUAUUUUAUGACGAUAGAUGGCGCUAGGAUGCAGUUUCUUAUAUUUAUUGUUUGCUUGUGAGAGUUGUGAGUGCACAAGGACAUGAUACUAGUUACAUUUAAUGGCGAUAGAUGGCGCUAGGAUGCAGUUUUUCAUAUUAAAUGUUUGUUAGUCCUGCGAGAUCUGCGAGGUGUUUUGUUGGUGGUAGUGAGUGCACAUCGUGUCCGUGUGAGCUCGCAUUGCGGAUUGCUUGUUUGUUUACUUUCACUUUUUGUAUCUGGCGAUAACAAUACGCGAUAUCACUUGAACAUGAAAUUUCAUG